AUGGCGGCGGCGGCUUCGGCCGCGCUGCCGCAGCUGCUCGGGCCCGGCCGGGCGGCCGGCGGGCCCCGCCUGCCCGUACCCGGCAUGGCCGCCAAGGGGGCCCGGCAGCGGCCGCGGGCGGGCGGCGGGGACGCGGCGGGGCGGCGGCCCGAGCCCGCGGGCAGCGAGGAGCCGCGGAACGAAUCAUCCGGGAGCAAAGCAGGGCACGUCUGGGCCCCUGAAGGAUCAACAGCUUUCAAGUGUCUCAUCUCGGCCAGGUUCUGUGCGGCUCUGCUGAGCAACAUCUCGGAUUGUGACGAGACCUUUAACUACUGGGAGCCGACACACUACCUCAUUUAUGGGAAGGGGUUUCAGACGUGGGAGUACUCUCCAGCCUACGCCAUCCGCUCCUAUGCUUACCUGUGGCUCCAUGCCUUGCCAGCCUGGUUCCAUGCCAGGGUUCUGCAAACCAACAAGGUUCUCAUCUUCUAUUUCCUGCGAUGCUUCCUGGCCUUCCUGAGCUGCGUUUGUGAGCUCUACUUCUACAAGGCUGUGUGCAAGAAGUUUGGGCUGCACGUGAGCAGGCUGAUGUUGGCCUUCCUAGUGCUCAGCACGGGGAUGUUCUGUGCUUCUUCAGCUUUCCUGCCCAGCAGUUUCUGCAUGUACACCACGGUGGUGGCCAUGACAGGCUGGUACAUGGACAGGACCUCGGUGGCAGUGCUGGGGGUGGCUGCUGGAGCCCUGCUGGGCUGGCCCUUCAGCGCAGCUCUGGGGCUUCCUAUUGCCUUUGACUUGUUGAUCCUGAAGAAGAGGUGGAAAAGUUUCCUGAACUGGUGUGUGGUGUCCUUGAUCCUGUUUUUGGUGCCCUUGGUGGUGGUGGACAGCUAUUACUAUGGGAAGCUGGUGGUGGCACCUCUCAACAUCGUUUUGUACAACGUCUUCACCCCCCACGGCCCUGAUCUCUACGGUACAGAACCCUGGUACUUCUAUUUCAUCAAUGGCUUUCUGAAUUUCAAUGUGGUUUUUGUGCUGGCCCUGCUCGUGCUGCCUCUGACCUGUCUGAUGGAGUGUCUGCUGCAGAAAUUCCGUGUUCAGAAUCUGGGCCGUCCCUACUGGCUGACCCUGGCUCCCAUGUACAUCUGGAUCCUGAUUUUCUUCAGCCAGCCCCACAAAGAAGAGAGAUUUCUCUUCCCCAUUUAUCCCCUCAUCUGUCUCUCUGGUGCUGUGGCUCUCUCUGCUCUUCAGAAAUGUUACCACUUCAUCUUCCAGCGCUACCGCCUGGAGCACUACACAGUGUCCUCCAACUGGCUGGCCCUGGGGACUGUCUUCCUCUUUGGCCUUUUGUCACUGUCACGCUCUGUUGCCUUAUUCAAAGGCUACCACGGGCCCCUGGACCUGUACCCGGAAUUCCACAGGAUUGCCACUGACCCCAGCAUCCACACGGUGCCAGAGGGGAGGCCAGUCAAUGUCUGUGUGGGCAAGGAGUGGCACAGGUUCCCCAGCAGCUUCCUCCUGCCAGACAACUGGCAGCUCCAGUUCAUCCUGUCGGAAUUCCGGGGCCAGCUGCCCAAACCCUUUGCCAAGGGGCCCAUGGCCACAAGGAGCAUUCCCACGGACAUGAACGACCAGAACAAGGAGGAGCCCUCUCGAUAUAUUGACAUCUCCAAAUGCCACUACCUGGUGGACUUGGACACAGCAAGAGAGACCCCGAGGGAGCCAAGGUACUCCUCCAACAAAGAAGAGUGGGUGACCAUUGCCUACAAGCCAUUCCUUGACACUUCCAGGUCCUCGCGGCUGCUGCGGGCGUUCUACAUCCCCCUGCUGUCGGAGCAGCACACGCGCUACGCCAACUACACCAUCCUGAAAUCCCGCAGGAGGCAAGCCAGGAGGAAAAUGGGAGGCUAGGGACACACCUGGGCCGGGCCGAAAAAAAAAAAAAAAAACAAAACAAAUCCACCCAAAGCAUCUGCCGGCACUCUUGGACAGCCCCCCUGAGCCACGUGCAGCUCCCUGUGUGAAGGACGGUGCUGGGAGGAUUCCCCGAGGAGCUCUGGCAGCCUCUGCUCCUCUGCCAGGCUCUGCUCUGCCUCAAGCCAUUGGAAAAUCCAGCAGUGGAUGGGUUAUCCCUGCUGCUCCCUGUGUUCCCUCUUACGCCAGAGAGGAGAAAAAAAAAAAAAAAAAAAAAAAAAAAAAAAAAAAAAAAAGGAAAAUAAAACAGGUUCUGCUCCAGGCUGCAAAUCUGGGAGAAUCCAGCUCAAAUUCUCUCUGGCUCUCCCCCACCCACCCCUCCGCUGUCCUCCGUCUUUCACCCAGGGAAUUUUUUUUUUCAGGUAACAAAGCUUAGAAAUUUUCCUUUUCCAAGGGGAAAAGGAGGAAAAAACACCUGACUGACAAUGAACUGGAAUGCACUGAGCCUCAAGGAAUAAAACACCACAGAGGAACAGCCAAAGCUGCUCUGUCCAGGAGACAUUUCCAGGGAUAAACCUGUGCUUUUGGGAAGAAAAAAACAAACUGGGACAAUUACGUGUUUAAUGGGAUCAGUGUUUGUGUUAUCUGUGAAGCCAAGUGUUUGUUUGCUAUUUAUAAUGAUUUUUUCAAGAUCCUUUGAACUCUAGACUUCAGCAUCUUAAAAAUUCUGGAAUCAUCCAGUGAGGAGAAGGAUGACUCCAGUUUUUUGGUUUUUUUUUUUUUUUUUUUUUUUUUUUUUUUUUUUUUUUUUGCAGUUCUGUUUCCCAGAAUAGCCAGGAUGUGUUACGUGGGUCCAACAUGCCUCAGAGCAGUGCUGUGCUUGUUAAAUUUCCAUUUUUAAACAUGCAGCAUCACCAGCUGGA